AUGAAUCUGCUGGAUCUCCCACGGGAAAUACGCGAUCACAUCUACACCAUCCUCCUCACCCCAUCAGCCAAUCGACACACCACCAACGACGAACAAACCACCUACACCUACACGCACUCCUCGCUCCUCCAAACAUCUCGCCAGAUCUACCACGAAGCCCGACACAUCCUUCUCGAGCAAAACACGUUCAUCAAAAUCACAACGCCAUUCCCGGAAUCCAAGUACCAUGUUGCCGAAGAUGGAGUCGCCAUCGUCACUGCCGACGACCAUGCAAUGGACUUCACAGAACAUGCCUUGGAAGUCAAGAUCGGACUUCCCGCUAUGGAAGUAGAAAGAGAAGACACAUUUGUGAUACAUGUGGAUAGCCUGGAGAAGUUCUGCGAGAGUUGGUAUUAUUCGGCGGCGGACACGCCAGACUUGAACGAGCACUUGACAUUGGAGUUGACGCUGCGGGAUCCUUUCGCUGUGUCUGCUUUGGAUGCGACUUCACCUACACCGCAGACGAUGAAGAAGUCUCUACAGAAGAGGUUGCUCCUUCCUUUCGGCAGAGUCAAGAAUCUGAAGAGUGUGGAUCUUUCAGGCACACCUGGUGCCGACGCAGAGGUGGUCGCAGAGAUGAAGCGAUUAAUGGCCAUACCUCUGGGCACACCCACCGAACGCCUCGUCCUCGCCAACACCCACAAAGAUGCCGGAAACGCAGCUCUGAUGGCGAAUCAACCGCUAGAAGCACUAGAACACUACCGCAAAGCCUGGGAAGCACUGUUUAUCAUCAUCAAAGGCAAACACCGCAAAGUCCACGGCGAACGCUUUUUCGAGUAUACACUCUCCCACCCUUUCGAAGGUCAAUACGGCAGCAUGGUACGCAUUGUACUGCGAGUGAGGCUGGUAGCAAACUCAUUACUCGCAUACAUCAAUCUCAAAGAUUGGGACACAGCAGUGCAUAUAGGGAUGCGCACGAUCAGUAUCAUGAGGCAAGGACAAGAGCAUUUAGAGCCAGAGCAAGAGGCAGCUAAUGGGUGGAUUUCUGGGCCCGAGAUGGGAAAGAUUUACUAUAGGACUGCGGUUGCGUUUAAAGAGAUGGAUGAUAAGUAUGAGGCGAGAAGGCUGUUGAAGGUUGCGGUGUUGUUCUUGCCGAAUGAUGCGAGGGUGAGGGAGAUGAUCAGGGAGUGUGCGUUGAGACUCGGAUGA